AUGGAACCUCCGAUACUGAACCUUCCCGAUGAAGUCACUUUCAUGAUGCAAGCUGGUUUAGCAAGAGAUUCUAUUACAGUAGAUGUCGGUGAUCUGAAUUUAAAAAGUCUUAAAGACCUUGCUUGCAAUUUUGUCGAUAAAAAGUUUCCUGAACAUAAUUUGAAUAGAUUGAGUGAAAGAUUGAUACUAUUUCGCCACGACUACUCCUCAACGAAUAUAUUGCAUCCAAUCAAUGCAGCUUCAGAAGUAGCCGAAGGAACUUUGGUUGAAAUAGUUGUUUCAGGCAAGGAUCCAUCUGAAGAUAUUCAGAUUAUGCCUCAUUCUUUAAUGGUCCAUUCCUACAAAUCACCAACUUUCUGUGAUUUUUGUGGUGAAAUGCUAUUUGGUCUUAUGCGGCAAGGCUUAAAAUGUGAAGGCUGUGGAUUAAAUUUCCAUAAACGUUGUGCCUAUAAAAUACCUAAUAAUUGUACUCAUACGCGCAGGCGUAGAUCUGCAACUUCAUUAUAUCCUCGAAGUCCCACAGAGUCUUUAGGCCAUACCUCUAGUAGUGCCUGUUUCACUGAUGAUUCAAUGCUAGGUGGUACCUCUCCGAGCCGUGCUCGAUCUCCUUCUCUGAACAUGGGAAGACCAGUGUGGGUGGAGCGUGAACUUGCUGGUCGAAUAAGAGUCCCUCACACAUUUGUUGUCCAUUCCUAUACCAGGCCAACAGUGUGUCAGCACUGUAAGAAACUUCUCAAAGGGCUUAUUAGACAGGGACUUCAGUGCAAAGAUUGUAAAUUCAAUGUUCAUAAAAAGUGCAUGGAUCGAGUUCCGAUGGAUUGCGCUGGAGAAGCUCCUAAAGAGUGGGCACUUGAAGCAAACCGAAAUGGAGAAGGUGAAAAUGAAGGAGAACGAGAAAGCCUAGAGGAUGAAUCAGACAAUGAAGGGGAACAGCUAGAGAAAUCAAAUGAAAACCAAGAUAGUCAGGAUAAUCAAGAUGAAGAAUCUAAAAUCCCAGCUAAUGUCACAUCUAGUAACAACAUUCCACUAAUGCGCAUAGUGCAAAGUAUCAAGCAAAUGAGGCGGAAAGGCUCAAAAAUUUUAAAAGAAGGAUGGAUGGUGCAUUUUACAAGCAAAGAUAAUAUGCAACAUAAGGUUGGUUACACAGUUGUUUUUUAUAAUGUGAAAAAAAAGCGUCAUUACUGGAGACUGGAUACAAAAUCUAUUAUUAUGUUUCAAAAUGAAACUACAACGAAGUACUACAAGGAAAUUCCACUGUCCGAAAUCCUUUCUGUUGAACCAACCAAACAACAAGUGAGUGGAGAGUCUGGUCAAAGCUAUUGUUUUGAACUGCGAACGGCAAGUGUGGAUUAUUACAUUGGAGAAGAUCUCGACAUAUCUCGAGGUUGGGAAGUUUCUAUUCGCCAAGCACUUAUGCCUGUUACAACUCCUACAACAAUAACCCUUAUAAAGGAUGUUGGGGCUCCUCAUCAUGAUGAAAAUGGUAAAAAGGAAAAUCAAGACCAAAAUAUUGAUAUAAGCCUACAAUAUCAAAUAUUUCCAGAAGAGGUUUUAGGUUCUGGCCAGUUUGGUGUUGUUUAUGGAGGUGUUCAUAGGACAAGUGGUCGUGCAGUAGCCAUAAAAGUUAUUGAAAAAGUUCGUUUUCCCACUAAGCAAGAAGCUCAACUGAAAAAUGAGGUGUCGAUUUUACAAAAUAUUCAUCACCCCGGUGUGGUUAAUUUGGAGAAAAUGUUCGAGACACCGGAAAGGAUUUUUGUUGUAAUGGAGAAGUUGAAGGGUGAUAUGCUGGAAAUGAUUCUUUCAAGUGAAAAACGAAGACUAUCGGAACGAAUAACUAAAUUCUUGAUUUUCCAGAUUUUAUCUGCAUUAAGGCAUCUUCAUUUCAAGAACAUUGUUCACUGUGAUUUAAAACCAGAAAAUGUACUUCUGUCAUCAGAUUCCGACUUUCCUCAGGUGAAACUUUGUGAUUUUGGCUUUGCACGCAUUAUUGGGGAAAAAUCAUUCAGAAGAUCUGUAGUGGGAACUCCGGCCUAUUUAGCUCCAGAAGUUCUCAGGAAUAAAGGCUACAAUCGCUCACUGGAUAUGUGGUCUGUCGGAGUUAUUGUUUAUGUUAGUUUAAGUGGUACCUUUCCUUUUAAUGAGGAUGAGGAUAUCAACGAUCAAAUACAGAAUGCAGCUUUCAUGUAUCCUCCUUGUCCUUGGAAAGAGGUCUCAUCUGAUGCUAUCGAUUUGAUCAAUAAUCUUCUUCAAGUCAAAACUCGUAAAAGAUUUACAGUGGAUAAAUCUUUGUCUCAUGCUUGGUUGCAGGACUACCAAACUUGGUGUGAUCUUCGGGAACUGGAGAGUCAGGUGGGUUGGAGAUACCUCACUCAUGAGUCGGAUGAUGCGCGGUGGGACGCUUAUCGCCGAGAGCACAACCUCCCCCCACCCCCUCCAGUGCCCCAAGAGAGAAUGACCGACCGAAUCCCCCGUGCACCCUCCAAGCUGAUGCCUUGUCCAGAAGCCAAGAAGGAGGAAGAAGCCAAUAACAACGUUUUCACGAGGAUACGCCUUUGA